AUGAACCAGGUAUCGAAGAAGGCAGACUACCCACUUCCAACAACUGAUGAAGUCCUUAGCGACUUAAGGGAAGGCAAGGUAUUCAGCACCCUCGAUUUGGCACAAGCUUACCAGCAACUUCACGUAACGCCAGAGACAGCAGAGAUAUUGACCCUGAACACGCUGAAAGGGCUUUACAAGGUCAAACGAUUGCCUUUCGGAAUCUCUGCAGCUCCAGCCAUUUUUCAACGCUUUAUGGAGACUAUGCUUUCUGGCAUCCCAGGCGUUUGCGCAUACCUAGAUGACGUGAUCAUCAGUGGAAAGGACGCCACGGAACACGCUGAGAGACUGGAAGAAGUUCCGAAGUGGCUGCGCAAUUGCAACCUGCGCCUCGGCAAAAACAAGUGCGGCUUUGAGGUGCGAGAAGUUUCUUUUCUGGGACACCGAAAUGACGAGACAGGGGUCCAUACCAACGAAGAGAAAGUUCGAGCAAUAACGGAGGCUCCAGCACUAAACUGCAAGCAAGCACUUCAAUCAUUCCUUGGAAUGCUGGCUUUCUACGACAGGUUCUUAAAGAACAGGGCAACAAUUGCCAGCUGUCUCUACCAGCUUCUUCAGAAAGACGCCACGUGGAGAUGGGAGACCAAGCAUCAAGAAGCAUUAGAUAAACUUAAGGGAUUGCUUCUCAGUCAGACCGUACUGGCACACUACGACGAACAGAAGGAGCUUCUCGUCUCAUGCGAUGCUUCGCCGUAUGGCAUAGGAGCUGUUCUGUCUCAACGUGAUGACCAGAAUAGAGAGGCGCCAAUCGCUUUCGCAUCUCGGACUCUAGGGACAGCGGAACGCAAUUAUGCUCAGUUGGACAGAGAAGGCCUUGCUGUAGUGUUCGCAGCACACAAGUUCCACAAGUAUAUUGCGGGAAGAAAGGUGACUUUCGUCACAGACCAUCAACCGCUGCUCGGCAUACUGGGUCCAGGGAAGCCAACGGCUCAAGUCCUCUCACCACGGAUGACCAGAUGGUGCAUCAAGUUGUCGGCGUAUGUCUACAACAUCGUCUACAGGCAUGGCAAGAACCAUCAAAACGCGGACGCGUUAAGCCGAUUGCCACUACCAGAACGUCUCGAUGAACCCUGGCCACCAGGCGACGUACUAUUGUUCGAAGCUUUGUCGAGACCUCCGUUGACUGCUACAGAAAUAGCACGUCUGACACAAGAAGACAGCAUCCUGCAGAGGUUGUACAAGGCAGUGCAGGAUGGCACAGUGGAGAAACUCACUGGAGAUGAGUUCGCUCCUUACCGACGACGAGUGACCGCACUAGCAAUUCAUCGCGAGUGCUUGACACUUGGUUCACGGGUGAUCAUACCGAGCUCAGCACGAUCCCACGUUCUGGCACUUCUGCACGCUGGUCACCGAGGCAUGGCAGCCAUGAAGAAGUGCGCAAGGUGCUACGUAUGGUGGCCCGGAAUCGACAAGGUGAUCGAAGAAACGGUGCGACAGUGCCGUGAAUGCCUUUCAACGCAGAAGAGCCCACCCAAAGCUCCUAUCCCCUCCUGGGACCGUCUCAAGACACCAUGGCACACGGUGCACGUUGACUUCGCGGGGCCACUACUCGGGCGCACCUACUUGGUUGUUGUGGAUGCACACAAAGUGGGUGGAAGUCCGGCACAACGCGACUGGGUCGCACAGCCGGCUCAGUCCCACGUAGGGACUGGCAAGCCGGGCCUGUCGGCCACCUCGCAGGCCCGCUGGACAGGCGUGAGCUGA